AUGUCACAGUUGAUGGCCAGUGCAAAUGGCCGCUCGUUGGCCUUGCUCGCAACGGCCGCAGCGGCCACCGCAUUUUCCUCCUACUUCCUCUUCAGAAGACUUUACCUUCAUCGACAGAAGAAGGAGGAGGGCAUUCUCAAGCUGAUCAUCUACCCGAUCAAGUCGCUGGCGGGCAUCGAGGUGGACCGCCUGCAGGUGACCCGCACCGGCAUGGUCUACGGCGCCUUCCACGACCGCUCGUACAUUCUGCUGAGCGAGCCGAGCAAUGUGAUGAUCACCCAACGGGCCAAGCCGAAGCUCUCCCUAAUCAGAACGUCCUUUAGCUCAAACUCAACCGCUGAUCAGCUGGUGCUCGAGGCGCCUGGCCUGGAGCGGCUGACGAUCACAAGUGAUGCCACCCCUUCAGAUGACCAGCAAAACGAAGUGGUGCACUUCCAGGUUUGGGGCCAGGACACCAGUGGCAUUGACUGUGGACAAACUGCAAACGCCUGGUUCAGCCGCUACCUCGGCUCACCUUGCCGUCUUGUCAAGUUUGCCCCUGAUCACCUCCUCCGGGCUGGCAACGUCCUCCGCGACGGCCAGGUGNGCGAGCCGAGCAAUGUGAUGAUCACCCAACGGGCCAAGCCGAAGCUCUCCCUAAUCAGAACGUCCUUUAGCUCAAACUCAACCGCUGAUCAACUGGUGCUCGAGGCGCCUGGCCUGGAGCGGCUGACGAUCACAAGUGAUGCCACCCCUUCAGAUGACCAGCAAAACGAAGUGGUGCACUUUCAGGUUUGGGGCCAGGACACCAGUGGCAUUGACUGUGGGUCUACUGUAAACGCCUGGUUCAGCCGCUACCUCGGCUCGCCUUGUCGUCUUGUCAAGUUCACCCCUGAUCACCUCCUCCGGGCUGGCAACGUCCUCCGCGACGGCCAGGUGAAGCAGGACCCCUCGGUGCCAAUUCUGUACCAGGACCAGACGCCGGCGCUGCUGCUCAACGAGUACUCGGUGGAGGCGCUGAACGGCCGCCUCGCAGCAGACGCCCAGAUCACCUAUCGCAACUUUCGGCCGAACAUUCUG